AUGGUUUUCGACUUGCACACAUUAUCAUUCCGAUCGACAUUGAAAAUAGUGAAACAGUUACGACUGUGCAAGAUAUAUAGGAAACGAAUUUGCAGCUGCAGGAAAAACUGCAGAUCACAAUUAAUGAAUAAUUUCAGAAGAUGGAAUCUGCUGAAUAAGAAAUGUUUAUGCAAUCCUUUUUUGAUCUUUGGUUGUGAUCUGAUCAGAUCUGACCCAGUCUGA